CACAGACAGACACACAGAGUGACAGAGAGGGACACAGACACCCCGACAGCUGCAGUCACUCUCUGUGCAGUUGGAGACAUUGUUGCUCAGUGACUGGACAGUAAGUUUGGGGGAAAAAAGAAAAGUUCUGCGCGAAAAAAAAAUCCCAGAGAUGUGUUAAGACGUGCAAACGGACGGGAUGGUGAUGAAUGGAUUGGCCUCGUGUGAAGCCGGAAUAGCCGUGUGGGAGAGAGGGGGCCUGCUUCGCAACCGAAUGGAGGCGUCUUGUCUCGAGCUGGCUUUGGAAGGGGAGCGGCUGUGCAAAGCUGGAGAUUUCAAGGCCGGAGUGGCGUUCUUUGAAGCCGCCGUGCAGGUUGGGACGGAGGACUUGAAGACCUUGAGCGCCAUCUACAGUCAACUGGGCAAUGCCUACUUCUACCUGAAGGAGUACUCGAAAGCCCUGGAGUACCACAAGCACGACCUAACACUGGCCAGAACAAUAGGGGAUCGCAUUGGAGAAGCCAAAGCCAGUGGGAACCUCGGUAAUACACUGAAGAUUCUCGGGAGCUACGACGAAGCCAUCGCCUGCUGCAUAAGGCACUUAGACAUCUCUCGUGAGCAUAGCGAUAAGGUGGGUGAAGCCAGAGCCUUGUACAAUAUUGGGAAUGUUUUCCAUGCCAAAGGGAAGCAGAGGUCGUGGAGUGCGUCUCACGAGUCUGGAGAGCUACCGGACGAGGUGAAAGACACUUUACAGAAGGCGACUGAAUACUACGAGAUGAAUCUUGCCAUCGUAAAGGAAAUGGGUGAUCGGGCAGCCCAAGGUCGGGCCUAUGGGAACCUUGGCAACACCCAUUACCUUUUAGGAAACUACCUUGAUGCCAUUGGAUUUCACAAAGAGCGUCUUUCAAUAGCCAAAGAAUUUGGUGACCGAGCUGCUGAGAGAAGAGCCUACAGCAAUCUGGGGAACGCACAUAUAUUUCUGGGGAAGUUUGAAGUGGCUGCUGAAUAUUACAAAAAAACUCUGCAGCUAUCCCGACAGUUGAAGGACCAGGCGGUGGAAGCUCAGGCUUGUUACAGCCUCGGCAACACGUGUACACUGCUGCGGGACUACGAGAGAGCCAUUGAGUACCACCUGAAGCAUCUCUCAAUUGCUCAGGAACUAGAUGACAGGGUUGGAGAAGGGAGAGCCUGCUGGAGUCUCGGAAACGCUUACGUCUCACUUGCCAAUCAUGAGCAAGGGCUUCACUUUGCUUCGAGGCAUUUAGAAAUCUCCAGAGAGAUCGGCGAUCGAAACGGCGAACUCACAGCGUACUUGAAUGUGACUCAGCUCCAGUCUGCGCUGGGGAUGAGCUCAUCUCCAGAGGAGAGACAGUCCUUUCUCCACCACACACACUACGAAGCACAAGGUGCUCGACCAAGAGUAGUGCCUCCUCGGUACAGCAUGGAGAACAUGGAUCUCGUGAACCUCACUCCAGAGAAGGAAUUAAAUGGAGAUGCAGCAGAGGAGCAUCACUGCACUGAUCUGAGGAGCGGGGGGAAGGUAUCUCUCUCUGGGCAGGUGAGGAGCAAAAGAUACCCAGAGAGACCAUCAGCGACUGAGGACCAUCAGCAGGGAGCCAGCCCAGUCCCUCCAGUGGACACCAGCGAUGUUCACCUUCAAGUGGCCCAGAUGAAGAUAAGUCGGGAGGCCUCGGAUGAAGAAUGCUUCUUUGAUCUGCUGAGUCGUUUUCAAAGUAGUCGCAUGGAUGAUCAACGUUGUACCUUAGACGAGCGGCAGAACGGUGCCAUGAGCAACACCUCCCCACCGCUGUCUCCUUUGCAGGAGACGACUCAAUCCUCGGUCAUUACAUCCCCUCAGACGGAAGAGUUUUUUGACUUGAUCGCGAGUUCCCAGAGCCGGAGGCUGGACGACCAGCGAGCCAGCGUGGGCAACCUGCCAGGACUGAGGAUCACUCACAAUAAUAGCCAGGUGGUCAUGGGGCAUCUGCGGACAGACGGAGACCCUCAGGAGCCCGGAGAUGAGUUUUUCAACAUGUUAAUGAAAUGUCAGUCUUCCAGGAUCGAUGACCAGAGAUGUGCCCCACCCAGCCCGGUGCCAAGGGGACCCACGGUACCAGACGAGGACUUUUUCAGCCUCAUCCAGCGUGUGCAGGCGAAGCGCAUGGACGAGCAGCGGGUCGAUCUCCCGUCCAGCCGCGAGGGGCACGAAGAGAGGAGGCCGAGCUCCAGCUGAGCGACUUCGCGCUGCAGAGACUUGUAGCCGGUGAACGGGGGCCUGGGCCAUUGAGUGGAUCAGGGCACUUGCUGCUGUUGUGAGCGACACUCUAGGUGCGUGCAGUUCCCCCAGUGCUCCUGCAAGGUCAGGGCACAAUGCUACACGAGUGUGCAGCUGUAGAGAGUUGCCAAGGAAGAUAAAGUUUUUAUACAUACUGUAUGUGUAUAUAUAUAUAUAUAAAAAACUUCAUUUCAUCCCAUCCCCUCCCUCCAGUCCACCGUUAACUAAACAUUCGGGAAGCAGAAAACCGAAGCUUUUUUUUUAAAAAAAAAAAUGCGUGUUGAAAAGGUACGAGAGCAUUACCCGGCUGUGACACUGAAUGAAUGUAAGUAAAACUAUUUGGUACAACAGAAGAUCCGAUGCCAAGAGAGCCACGGACAUACACACGUGUACACAGGCCAAAAUGGGUACAUACGUGUGCAGAAACGUGUACCUGCAGGAAGAAGUGUGCACAUAUGAGAGGCAGGUAGUGAAAGCCAUAGAUUGCUUUCGGUUUCAGAGCAGUGCCCAGGUGAAUCGACUGUACUUUGCAUUAUGACCGCCAGAGAUUACAUCGGCCGAUUAUUACCUUUAAAGACGGAGACGGUGUUCAGUACAGCACGGAUUUGUUUGAGCUCGUGGAAUACGUGCAAUAUUCUCCGUCUGCCUCACCCACCAGGAGAAGGCACUAACUCCCACUUCCGACAAACGGCCAAACUUCUCCGAGUUGUCGCAGGUGGGCAGGUGCAGACAGACGCCCACUGUGCCAGCAGCAAUGCAUUUGCUCAGUGGAUGCGUACAGCAGUCAUACAUUCACUGCAGGUCUAUGUUGCAAGGAUUGGGCUGUGUUAUGCAGGAGUUUCCCUUGUUCACUGAGAAUACAAUACGGCUUUAGGAUUACACAGGAAGUUUUAGUCGGAGAAACUUACAGAACUAAAGAAUAAUCUUUUUUACAUUUGGGAAGAAAACAAAAGGAAAACGUUCAAUCGUUUUCUUUCAACGCCUGUCGAGGUGUAAAAAUAUCUCUGCAUUUCUUGGUGAUUUAGGGCCCUGUUGUUUGCUUAUCGGUAAAAUUACUGAGCUUUGGUGACGGCCUGAAAUGGUCUUAAAACCUAAGGAGGCGUAAGAAUGAUGGUAAAUUUUUAAAAUUCUUGUCUUAAUUUGGAAGCUGUUGUUCCAUGGCUUUCAAAAAGCCUGAUUUCCAAAUUAAUGGAUUUAAGAAUUUCAAGACAAUUAGAAAUCUCCCAGGCUAAGACGAGGUGGAAUUUGGAGCUUUUUCGUUGGGUUUCCAAACCCACACCCCAUAGCACCCCCUUCACGGCUAUUUUGUGUAUCUGCUUCUGUGUAAUUAAUUCUCCUCUCAAGCAUUGAGAGAUCAACCCUAUGGUACGAUUUUUUUCACUGCCGUAAAGCAUCGGUCUCGAAUGAAUUAACUUUACCCUUUGAUUUAUAAAAAGUACUGUUUCUGUAAAUAUGACGCCAAUCCCCAUUUUAUCCCAAAGGUGUAAAUCGUAUGAAAUUUUACACAGGCUUGUAAUAAAAAUGAUGAGUUCUGCA